AGUUGACAAUUAGAAAAAAAAAGUUAAAUCCAACCUGUCAAAUAUGGCCGAGGGCAGCUCAGGCUCUUCAUACCCCAAGCCCCUCACACCCGAAGCUAUUCAUCCCUGCGCCAAAAAACCGACACCGGAAAAAGGUGACAUCGUGAAAUUAAAGAGAUGCGUCUGGCCUCCAAUACCGGAACCAGUUCCUCCAACCCCAUGCCAAAUACAGAUUAGGGAACAGAAGUUAAAAGCAGGGGUGAUUUUCUGCCCUAAACCACCUCCCGAACCUCAACCGCCAGUUGCUGAGUGCCCCGCUAUUUGUAUCGAAAGAGUGAAAAAUCUUCCAGUCGCCAUUCCUAAGCAUGAAGUACUACCAAAGUGCCCUGUGCGGAGAAUAGAAACUGGUUUUGCAAGAUGUGACAGGAUUAAAGACGCCGAGGCAGCUCAUCCGGACCUACCGUGGCCUGGCUGCCCGCCUGAACCACCCCCUCCACCCCCAAAGAUCCCCACUCCCUGUGAAAUACAAACAAAAGAGCAGGCUUUAGCGAGAUGCAGAGCAAAGUAUGCACACUAUUAUCCACCUAAAAAGCACUAAAAUUUGGA